GUGGGAAAAUCAAGCAUUAUUUUACGACACAGUGGUGCAGGAUUUUACAAUAAAAUUACUCCCACACUUGGUGCUAGCUUCAUCUCUUCAUCCUUUUUGUUAGAUGGCAAAAGCGUUGAGUUACAAAUAUGGGAUACUGCUGGGCAAGAACGAUAUGCAUCUAUGCUUCCAAUGUAUUUGCGUAAUGCACUUGCCGCUAUAAUAGUAUAUGAUAUAACCGAUCGGGAAUCAUUUGAAGGUCUUAAGAAAUGGAUUGAUGAAGUGGAACGCUGUUCAAUGGAUCCUGUAUCAGUAUUUAUUGUUGGUAAUAAGUUAGAUCUGGAGAGUAAUCGUUCAGUACAUUUUAAAGAAGCUUCUCAGUAUGCAAAACACAUCGGUGCUGCUUUUUAUGAAACUUCAGCUCUUACUGGUGAAGGUAUUCGGGAUGUAAUCGUUGCUGUAGCAAAACAUUUGCUUGAGCGUCAAUCUAUUCAACAGAAUGCUGCAUCAACACAGUUAAGCAAUUUUAGUACUACCAAACUUAGUAAUAAUUGUCAACCAAAAAAAUUUUGUUGUGCUAGAAGUUAA